GCCCCGUGCACGUCGCCUACACGCGGGGUCGCACGUAUGGUGCGUGGUGACGUCGUGGCGGCGCGGGCGCCAUCCCGGAAACGCGAGCAAGGCCGCCAGAUGUGCAGGCAGCGGAGGAGGAGGAAGAGAUGGACCCCCCGGACUCGGCCUCGAGGGUCUUCUGCAGCCGCAUCCUGAGCAUGGUGAACACAGAUGACGUCAACGCUAUCAUCCUGGCUCAGAAGAACAUGCUGGACCGGUUUGAGAAGACCAAUGAGAUGCUGCUGAAUUUCAAUAACCUGUCGAGUGCCCGCCUGCAGCAAAUGAGCGAGCGCUUCCUGCACCACACGAGGACCCUGGUAGAGAUGAAGCGGGACCUGGACAGCAUCUUCCGCAGGAUCAGGACGCUGAAAGGGAAGCUGGCCAGGCAGCACCCGGAGGCCUUCAGCCAUAUCCCAGAGGCAUCCCUCCUGGAGGACGAGGAUGAAGACCCCAUCCCACCCAGCACCACAACCACCAUUGCCACCUCGGAACAGAGCACGGGCUCUUGUGACACCAGCCCUGACACCGUCUCGCCCUCCCUCAGCCCCGGCUUCGAGGACCUCUCCCAUGUCGGGUCCAGCUCCCCUGCCAUCAAUGGCCGAAGCCAGACAGAUGAUGAGGAGACACCGGGCGAGUAACAGUACUCCCUGGUGCCCCGAGGGGUCUCAGGGCAGUGGCACUCCCCCGGUGUCUGAGGUGGCAGCAGGUAACCCUGCCUGGAGAUCAGUAGCUUUGCCACCCUGUUCUGUCACCCAGGGCUCCCUGGGGUACCUGGUUCCCUCUGGGGGUGUGGAAUUCCUAGGGGGUCUGUCAUUCCUACUUCUUCCUCUUUGAGAACAUCUGUCUUCUGCAGACCCCUCUGCCAGGCCAGGGGAUGACCAGCUCAGCUGGAGUUGUUGGGCUGGGUGUAAGGGAGCUUUUCCAGAGCCAAGCUUGAGGUCUGCUAAAGGCUCCCAGAGACCAGAGCCAGAUUGCCCCUGCCCCAGUGCCCCGGUAGAGACCUCCUCAAAGAGGACCAGCACUGUCUGAGUUCAUCCCAGCCCAUCCCUGCACCUACCAAUUCUGGUCUCCCUGUCCCUUCUUCCAACAAAAGUAUUGAAUACUGUCUCCAAUAGGUAUCUCAAGGAGGUUUCUGAGACAAUUGUAGAAGGCUCAAGCUGCAAGCCUGAUAAGACCUGUGUUUCUCUGACCAGAGGUGUGAACCUUGAAGGCCCAGCAGGCCUCUCCCAGGGCCUCCAUGGAGCAAGCUGAGCCACCUUGGAAAACAGAGUUAAGCGGAAUAUUUUUGUACCCGAUGUUUACAGAUGCUAUUGGGAAGUUAUCAAUAAAAAGACUCUGUUACUAAAAAGGGAAGGGUGUGCUUAGCAGUGGCUUCCUUCCAUCCUUGGGCCCAUUAGGCCAUAAGGGGAACAACUGCAGGAUGUGAGACAGGAGGGGUAUGGACGGCCAGGCACCACUGAGCUAGAAAGAGAUGUGGCUGCUCUUCGCGGAAGUCUCCAGUGGUAGCAACCAUAAUAACCCAAGUUCCUAUCACCACCUGUGUACUCACACAUGCUGUUCCCACAGCUCACAACACUGUUCCCUAACCUCUAUGAGUAACUUCAUCUCCAGAUCUGCCUCAGGAUGGACUCCCCAGGGAGCCAGGCUGGGUCCCGUUCCUCAGUAGACACUGUGUAGAGUUCCCUCAUCUUCUAAGCACUUAGAAAUUGUUAUUAAAGGCAUCUUCCUAGACCCAA